CCUAGCUAUAAACGGUCCGCGGUCGGUGCCAUUAGUUAUAAUACAACAAUAUCUCCAAAUUUAGGCGAAAUGUCCCCAAUAUCUGGGCUUAUUUCUUCGCUGUUCUUCAUAAUUUGGGAUUUUCAAUUACUAGUUAUAGAAUGCAAACUGUCGAGUGUAGAGGUCCAACAACAUUUGGACAUGGGAAAAAAAUUAUUAUCUGCCGGACAACUUACCGACGCACUUUCCCAUUAUCACGCUGCAGUGGAUGGAGAUCCUAACAACUUUCUUCCCCGAUUUCAAAGAGCAACAGUUCUUAUAGCAUUAGGAAGGUCAAGAUCUGCAAUUCCUGACUUAGACAAGGUCUUGGAAUUAAGACCAGAAUUUUAUCAGGCUAGAGUACAGAGAGGUAAUGUUUUUCUUAAGCAAGGACGCUUUGAUGAGGCACACAUAGAUUAUGAAGGAGUGCUAAGAUACAGCCCAGAAAAUAAAGAUGCAUUACAACAGUUGGGUGUAAUAGAACCAAUCAAAAGGACUGUAAUGGAGGCCAAAUAUGCCAUGGAUAGAGGGAACUGUCACUCAGCGAUAGAGCAAUUAACACAUGCAAUUGAGGUUGCACCCUGGGACCCUGAGCUCCGUAUGAUGAGAGCUGAUUGCUACGAGAGGCAAGGUGAUCUAAUCAAGGCCAUCUCUGACAUCAAACCUACAACAAAGCUGAUCAAUGACAACACCCAGGCAUUCCUAAGGAUGAGCAAGCUUCACUAUGAGAUAGGAGAGCUUGAGGAAGCACUGAGAGAGGUGAGGGAGUGUUUGAAGCUUGAUCAAGAUCACAAGCAAUGUCAUCCUUUCUAUAAGAAAAUGAAGAAAUUGAACAAGCAAUUAUCAGCGGCCCAAGACCUGAUAAACAAGGAACAAUAUCAUGAAGCUAUUGACAAACUGAAAAAGGCCCUCAGGACAGAGUCCAAGAAUAAGCCACUUGUAGGGAAAGCGAGACGUCAACUCUGCCACUGUCAUCUCAAGCUUGGUUUUUCACAAGAAGCAAUCAAGGAGUGUAACGCUGCCUUGUCCAUCGACGAGAAUGAUGUUGACGCCCUGUGUGACCGGGCCGAGGCGUAUAUCCUAGAGGAGAUGUAUAAUGAAGCCGUAAAUGAUUUCCAAAAGGCAAAGAGUAUCAAUGAACAUCUACAUAAGGUCCAAGAAGGGCUGGAUAGAGCACAGCGUCUUUUGAAGCAAUCACAAAAGAGAGAUUAUUAUAAGAUUCUUGGCUUGAAGAGAAAUUGCAACAAGCGCGAGAUCACAAAAGCGUACCGCAAGCUGGCGGUCAAGUGGCAUCCGGAUAACUAUAAAGGCGAGGACAAGAAGAAAGCCGAGAAGAUGUUCAUCGAUAUUGCCGCCGCCAAGGAGGUGCUCACCGAUCCGGAGAAACGCGCCAAGUACGACGCCGGCGAAGACCCGCUCGACCCCGAGUCUCAGCAGGGAGGUGGUGGGUGGCCACAAGGGCACGGCUUCCCGUUCGGCAAUGGCUUCCAGUUCAAGUUCCACUUCAACUGAACACACUCCGCAUCCGUGGAGUACCCCAACACAUUCCUAGGUCCCUUUGGUUUUUAAAUUAUUGAUGCUUCAUGAAGACUUGAAUCUCGUGUUCUCGCUUACCUGGACAUAAUAGUUCCACUUCAAAUGAACGCAUUCCGGGUGUACCACAGGCACAGUCCUAGGUCCAUUUGAUUCUUAAAUUAUUGAUGUAUCGGGAAGAUUUGAAUAUUGUAGUGAUGGCGUCGACUUCUCGAAUGGCGCGUGGGUUUUUCGCGUCUCCCAUUCGGGAUAUCUUAGGUAUGCCUCGUGCGACCGCGUGGGCGUAGCAAGCGGUUUUCGCCGUCACACUGAUCCAUCUUUUCUCUCAAACCGUAUAAUGAGGCUUGUAAGAAAGGCCGCUCUGUGACAGAUGUGGGCUAAGGAAGGCUACGCUAUGACAGAUGUGAGCUAAGGAAGGCUGCGCUAUGACAGAUGUGGGCUAAGGAAGGCUGCGCUGUGACAGAUGUGGGCUAAGGAAGGCCGCUCUGUGACAGAUGUGGGCUAAGGAAGGCUGCGCUAUGACAGAUGUGAGCUAAGGAAGGCUGCGCUAUGACAGAUGUGGGCUAAGGAAGGCUGCGCUAUGACAGAUGUGGGCUAAGGAAGGCUGCGCUGUGACAGAUGUAGGCUUAGGAAGGCCGCUCUGUGACAGAUGUGGGCUAAGGAAGGCUGCGCUAUGACAGAUGUGGGCUAAGAAAGGCCGCUCUGUGACAGAUGUGGGCUAAGGAAGGCUGCGCUAUGACAUAUGUGGGCUAAGGAAGGCUGCGCUGUGACAGAUGUAGGCUUAGGAAGGCCGCUCUGUGACAGAUGUGGGCUAAGGAAGGCCGCUCUGUGACAGAUGUGGGCUAAGGAAGGCUGCGCUAUGACAGAUGUGGGCUAAGGAAGGCCGCUCUGUGACAGAUGUGGGCUAAGGAAGGCCGCUCUGUGACAGAUGUGGGCUAAGGAAGGCCGCUCUGUGACAGAUGUGGGCUAAGGAAGGCCGCUCUGUGACAGAUGUGGGCUAAGGAAGGCCGCUCUGUGACAGAUGUGGGCUAAGGAAGGCCGCUCUGUGACAGAUGUGGGCUAAGGAAGGCCGCUCUGUGACAGAUGUGGGCUCAGGAAGGCUGCGCUGUGACAGAUGUGGGCUAAGGAAGGCUGCUCUGUGACAGAUGUGGGCUAAGGAAGGCCGCUCUGUGACAGAUGUGGGCUAAGAAGGCUGCGCUGUGACAGAUGUGGGCUAAGGAAGGCCGCUCUGUGACAGAUGUGGGCUAAGGAAGGCCGCUCUGUGACAGAUGUGGGCUAAGGAAGGCUGCGCUAUUACAGAUGUGGGCUAAGAAGGCUGCGCUAUGACAGAUGUGGGCUAAGGAAGGCUGCGCUAUGACGGAUGUGGGCUAAGGAAGGCCGCUCUGUGACAGAUGUGGGCUAAGGAAGGCCGCUCUGUGACAGAUGUGGGCUAAGGAAGGCCGCUCUGUGACAGAUGUGGGCUCAGGAAGGCUGCGCUGUGACAGAUGUGGGCUAAGGAAGGCCGCUCUGUGACAGAUGUGGGCUCAGGAAGGCUGCGCUAUGACAGAUGUGGGCUAAGGAAGGCUGCGCUAUGACAGAUGUGGGCUAAGGAAGGCUGCGCUGUGACAGAUUUGGGCAAAGAACUUUGUACAGAUUGGGCGGGAUGGCAACAGUAAGACUACAUGUAACUCGUGCGCGACCAAAUGCGUGAUCAGGCCCGUUGCCAGGAUUUUACGCGGGGUCUCUUCCGGGCCCGCCUGGUUACGGGCCUGGUGAUAUCAAAGCACGACAAAGCUGUGAUGUUUGCGGCAAUUUUAUCGCACCCCAAAUCCCCGAUUGUAAAUCGACACAAUUAUAAUAUAAAAUGUUAACAUAAUCGGUUUUUUUUCGAGCAGAAAAAGCGGAAAACAUUAAAAUAAUGUUUUUUGAAAAUAAUUUUGGCGAUUUGCUGUAAAAAUGCAGUGUCGUGCCACAGAAAUACACGCCUGGAACAUUGUCGUCCAGUCUUCUUCUCUAUCCUUGGGGUUUUCACUUAUGCGAAAACGACUAGAUUUAAUUUAUAUUUUACCUGGGUUGAAUUAAUAUACAUUCAUAAAGAAAAGAAAAUCAAUUUAUUGCAGUUCCACCUUUACCAGCAUGACACGAUUUUUUGUGUCGGUUGUAUUUAUGCUAAUGUACAAAAUUGAUAUGUAAGAAAGAAACUAUUUUAAAGAAUAAACUUUUGACAGACAUGCCA